AUGGCCCUUUUAUGGAGAUCCUCUCUAUCUACCUGCCUCCUUGUCCUCCUUCUCCAGCUGCCUUCUAGCGGUGCAGGACAGUUCAGAGUGAUAGGGCCCGGGCACAUCAUCCGAGCUCUGGUUGGGGAUGAAGCGGAAUUGCCAUGUCGCAUAUCUCCUGGAAAGAAUGCUUCGGGUAUGGAGGUGGGGUGGUACCGUCCCCCCUUCUCUAGGGUGGUUCACCUCUACCGAAAUGGCAAGGACCAAGAUGCAGAACAGGCACCUGAAUAUCGAGGCCGAACAGAGCUGCUGAAGGAGUCUAUUGGAGAGGGCAAGGUGACCCUCAGGAUCCGGAAUGUGAGGUUCGCAGAUGAAGGAGGAUUCACCUGCUUCUUCCGAGAUCAUUCUUACCAAGAGGAGGCAGCCAUGGAAUUAAAAGUGGAAGAUCCCUUCUACUGGAUCAACCCUGGAGUGCUGGUUCUCAUUGCAGUGCUGCCUGUGCUCCUCCUGCAGACUGCAGUGGGCCUCCUCUUCCUCUACCUGCAGCACAGACUGAGAGGAAAACUUCGAGCAGAAAUAGAGAAUCUUCAUCGGACUUUUGAUCCCCACUUCCUGAGAGUUCCUUGCUGGAAGAUAACACUCUUUGUAAUCGUGCCGGUUCUUGGACCCCUGGUUGCCUUGAUCAUCUGCUACAACUGGCUACACCGAAGACUGGCAGGACAGUUUCUUGAAGAGCUAAGUAAGUUAAUUUCUCAUUUUUAUCAGCCAAGAACAAAAUGUCGGGAAAGGAAGACUAAGCAGAGGGUUGAGAGUGGAGGGAGGACCCUUCUAUUAAGGGAUAAUGGGAAGAGGCCACUGUUGGACAAAUUCAUAGGUGACUGAGAGGGAUGCCAGGCCACUCCCACCUGCUGCCUGAUUGCACUCCUUAGCAGGACUCUCACCAGCCUUCUUUCUAUUCUCUGCAUAAGAUGAGAUGACCCCAGAGAGCUCAGGUUCAGUGGUUUCAUAGUAAACUACUGACAAGCUAUCUUUUCCUUCUUCUAGGAAACCCCUUCUGAGUGCUGACACAUUUUUGGCUGAGGUGCAAGAGUCUAGUUGGUCCAGAGUCUGGUCCUUGGGAACAUGUCAUCCAUUCACUGGACUCUGCUGUGGGCACAUUCCAAUCUGCACAUCCAUGAACAUUCUGAAUUCCAAAUAGAAUUGAUGUCCCUUCUUCUGUCUUCCACUUUAUUUCUUCCUCUCCCAGUUUUUGUUUGUCACAUCUUUCCACUCCUCUUCUACCAGGAAGCGCUUUAUGGUGGGUCACCUUUUUCCAUCAGAGGACACCUAUGCAAGAACAAAAAGCAACAGACGGGAGGCUCUGUGCCAUGAUCUGGAGUCCCAGAACCUCCUUACUACAAAUGACAGUCCAUCAAGUUUGCAAAUAGUGGCUCUUUCUUCCAAGAUUCCAGCUGUGAUUGGGGUAAAGAGCAAAGGAGCAGUCAAGUUAUCUGAUGUUGAGUGAGCUGCAGAUGAGAAUGUGUGAAGCCUUAACUAAAACCUGGGGAUAGCUUCCCAGAUGGAUUCCACAGAAUACUGUCCAGACCCUACCUUGUCUCAGCAGCCUGAGGAGGAACUUUGGCAGCAAGGGAUGAGAAGUGGGCCAUACAUGUCUCUGUUCUAUUUCCAUAUCUGUCUCUCUUAUCCCUUUCCUCCCACCUGCACCUCUACCAUAGAAUCUACUGUUUUAUUCAACUAUUACUACUCAGUGGUUUAUCAGACACAAAGAAACAAGCUAGGUGCUAAUUAUUAAUAAUACAAGUUUCUAUGUGCACAUUUCUUUCCCCUUCUCUGUGUUGUAUUUCCUUCAUUAUUUUUCUAUCCUCUGUUCCUCAACCUACGCCUCCAGACCCCAGAGGCAAAUCCUCAGGCAAACCAAAUGUAGACUUAAGUCAGAAAGGCCUUUUAUUGUUUUAAUUUAUUUUUGUUGGUUGUAGGGCUUGA